GUGAAGUGUUAGUCAACAAAUAUAUUUUUUGAUAAAAAUAAUACCUAUACUUAAUAGAUUUGGAUAUGGCCGGAUAUGUACAUGUUGUGAUUCUAAUAAUUUUUAAUGUUCUAUUUGUGAAUGUGAUUGGAGAAGACGAUAUCAGAUAUGUUGCUUUUGUCAUAGAUGAAACGUCCUCUAUGGCAGACGAUAUUGACGGAGUGAAAUCACAGACACACCAAGUGUUUGAUGCAAUACUUAAAAGUGAUGUAACAAAAUUUGAUAAGUUUGCUUUAGUGACGUUCAAUGAUCCUAGCCCAGGCGAAGUCAGAAUUAUUACCGACGAUCCAAACGCAUUCAAAAGAUCUUUGGACAGUAUCAAUGUUGAUGGAGGAGGCGAUUGUCCGGAAUUGGCUAUGCAUGGUAUCCUUAACGCCUUGAACGCUUGCCCGAGCAAUUCAGUUAUAUACGUGUUCACUGACGCCGCUGCAAAAGAUUAUUAUAAAUUUGAAGAAAUCAAAAGUCUCAGUCUAAAGAAAUCCAUUCAGGUUACGUUCCUAUUGACUGGGAUCUGUGAUGCAAAAGGUUUAACAAACGAGAACUUUCUGGUGUACCACAAGAUAGCAGAGGCGACAUCUGGCCAAGUAUUUCUUUUGAGCAAGUCGAAUAUCAGUAAGGCGAUAGAAUUCAUUACCCAAUCCAUUGCAAGUGAAAGACAUUUGAUAGGUCAGACAACAAGCAAAUGUCCCCUUGAUGUUAAUUUUAAAGUGGACGACAAAACAGGCAAUAUUUUGAUUUCAGCCUCAAAAUUUUUGGAAAUUGUGCCGAAAAUAGACGAUAAAAUGACUUUAAAAGUUUUUGAUGCAGAUAACAAUGAAGUCGAAAGCUACAGUAUGUUAGAUCUACAAUUUAUGAAUGUAUUACAUAUCCGUAAUCCAAAACCUGGAUAUUACAAAGCGAAAUUGGAUUGCCAUGACCGUCUACGUACACGAUUGACCGUUACCGGUUCAACGUCUAUAUCAUUUAUGCAUGGAUUUUCAAAAGAUGAGCCUAGCUCAAUGAAAGAAACAACUGCAUUGCCUGUUCCUGGUGAGGAAUCGUUUCUCUCUAUUAUUCUUGACAAUCCCACUAAAGAUGUAAGAUUAAAUACAGUUGAGCUCAUCGAUGUUGAUAGCAAUGUAAUCGGGAAACCGAUAACUUUAAAACUUGUUAACGCUAAACAACAGUUGUAUACAACAACCGCAAAAAUUGUUCUCCCAGAUAAAAUGUUCAAGAUAAAGGUAAACGGAUACAAUAUGAUUACUGGAGUAGGAAUAAGUCGUGUCGGAGUGACGUUUAUUGAACCUCAAAAAGUUUUUGGAAAAAUUGAAAAUAAAUCGCCUACAGUGAAGAUAAUUGGUGACACUGAAAUCAUCACAGAAUCAAACAAGCCAGUCACUAUAAAAUGUGAUGUUCAAGCCUACCCCAAACCUGAAAUAAUUUGGGUUAGUGAUGAUGGAGAAGAAUUUCAUCCUGAAAUAAUUACUGUGGAUGUGACGGGCCAAUUUAAAAGUAUUUUGCAAGUAGGAGAAAGUAAUAAAAAUGCAAUGUACUAUUGUAGAGCUAAAAAUUCGAUGGGGGGAGAUGAAGCUCAUGCUAAAAUUACACGAAUUGAAGAGCCACCGUCUAUAAAAUAUGCAGGAAACGAAGUGCAGCGUCUUGAAAAGGCUAUGGUAGAAAUACCUUGUUCAAUAAUCAAAGGAAAUCCUACACCGCAUGUUGAAUGGUUGAAAAAUAGUAAUGUAAUUAAUGACGGUAGUAAAUAUCAGAUUCUUGAAGAUCACACGCUGAGAUUUCAAGCUGAUCAAUCGGACAAUGACGCGUAUUUCACCUGUGUAGCGAAAAAUCGUAUAGGCAGCUCCAAAAGAAAUUUUCACGUUACGGUAUAUACUAAACCAGAAAUUAAAGAUUUAGAAAAAGGCAACAUUAUAAAUAUUACUGUAAAUGAAGCCAUAGACUUACAAUGUAUUGCUAAGGGUAACCCGUUACCGGAGAUCCAAUGGUUGAAUACAACAAAUAAGAUAAUAACCUUCGAUUAUCGAAACCGGGAUCAUACAAGGUCCAAAGCCACCAUAAAUGAUGGUGGUAAUUACACCUGUGUGGCAACUAACGCUUGGGGUAUAGACAAAAAAACCUUUCAAGUCAAAGUACACGUUCCCGUUAGAGUUAUCAUGCCAGAGAGCACAACGAUUACAGUUCCGGUAGGAAGUUCCCUGAAUUUACCUUGUUCAGCCAGUGGGUACCCGGAGCCAACUGCAAAAAUAAUCUACUUUUCUAAGGACUACAAAUCACCAAAGGUUUUAAAAGAAGGUAAAUCAGGAGAAAAGGUAAUAUUAGAAGCAUAUUACGCUGAGCAGAAAAAUAGCGGAUACUAUGUGUGCUCCGCUAGUAAUGGUUAUAGUUCGAGCAAUUUUACAUACACUGUCAAUAUUGAAGCACCACCCUUUAUAAUCGACAAAUGGAUGAACUAUAUUUGUGCUGUUGAGGGUGAUCUUCUAGUAAGGAUACCAUGCAAAGUUCAAGGCAAUCCCAAACCAAUCGUAACUUGGAAAUUAGGCGAUCACCCCCUUACAAACAAGGUCGCUCAUCAAAUCCUCGACGAUGGGACACUCGUUCUGCUAAAACCCUAUACAAGUUUAAGUGGGGAUUACAUUUGUGAGGCAAAAAGUCCUACGGGAAAUGACAACAAGAUCGUGACCGUUUAUAUACGAGCAUAUCCCGAAGGACCGGGCGAGGAAGAAUUAAUACCAAAGACUUGGGUAGUAGAGAAAACACCAAGCUUAAUACCGUGCAAUAUUCCUCACAGUGAUAAAGACCUUGUGCGUUGGUUUAAGGACGAGAAAGAAAUCCAAAUUGGAGAGCUCAAUAUAGAUAAACCUUCCAUGCGAGAUAAUGGCCUGUACACAUGUCGAGUCAGUAACACAACCACCUCGAUAUCAUAUCACACCAAAGUGGUAGUUGGGUUUAGGCCAAGAUUCAUAAACGCUGAUCCCACUGAACCAAUAGAAUAUAUCAGAGGAUCGGAUACACUACUGGAUUGUAGUGCUCAAGCAGAACCACUCCCGAAGGUAAAGUGGACCCUUAAUGACUAUAAAAUUGUUGUUCCGUCAAUGGCUUAUAAAAUAACUAAUAUGAAAACAGAAGAUAUCGGUGUCUACAAAUGCACGGUUUUCAACAGUUUUGGGGAAAUCACUCGAAAAUAUCGGAUAAAAUCGGGAGAGUGCCAGCUCAGUAUUUCCCACGACUCGAUUGCUUUCCAACCCUUAAUUCUAACAGAAACGGAAAGGUGGCCAGUACUAGAGAUACAAAAAGGAUCCAUGAUUGUACCGCACGAAAAGCCAUUAAUGCUUUAUUGUCCAGAAAGCUCUUUCAAUUACCCUGGGCUAGAGACAGUAGAAAAAGUAAAAGCCGUUUGCAUAAGCGAUUCAACAUUUGCCAUCAGGGGUGAAGAGAUUAAAUUCUCCGACCUGAAGUGUCAGACGGAAAUAACGGUUUACGCAGUACCUCAAAAGGUUGGCGAUAAACAUGUACAAUGUCUGCCAAAUAGAAAGAAAUGGUAUAGCCAACUUUAUACAAUCGGAUACAAAUAUGAGGGUAGAAUCAAAGGAUUAUACGACAUCUGUUUUGAUACUGAAGAUAGUGUGCCGGUGUUUUCAAGAUAUAGUUUUGUGGCGUCCGUCUCGAAUGAAGGUUUAAAAGAGGAACUACCAUUUGUAAAUAGUGGUGUUGACCUGCCGCAUGAUUUUUCACAGCUGUAUGACCCUUCACGACAAAUUCGUAUAUUUUCACAUUUGCUGGGAAAGGAAUUUGAGAGCAACUCCUGCCAUUUUCGGAAAAAGCAACUGGUGAUUUCUCAGGACAUCUUACCCGGACUAUUACAGACUGCGACAUUCCACUACCUUAAUAUGAUGCCGCAUUGGAGUCUCUGUUAUCAACAGAACUGGGAAGAGGUGGAAAGUAAAGUAAGAAAAUUUGCGUCAUCUUUGAAAUUUUCCGUAUACAUUUGGACAGGAACAUAUGGUAGGAUGAGGUUCCCAGGUCAAACUAUUGACUCAGAUGUCCAUCUCAGUGAUGAUUCCGAUAACAAGCAAUACGUGCCGCUGUAUUUAUGGAAGGUGAUACAAACUUAUACUGACGGCAUGGUUGCGAUAAUUCAAAUCAACCUUCCCAAUUUAUCUGACACAGAAGCUACAAAAUAUGUAAAGUGUCCAGAUAUAUGUCACGAAAUCAGCUGGUUACGAAGCGAGGAAUGGCAUAAUGUAAAGAGAGGAUAUAUUUUCUGUUGUAAUAUCGACGAAUUUGAGGGCAAAUUUCAUUUCAAGGGAAUGUUUCAAGGCCAGCGUAAUGUAUUAGGGACAUCACCAUGGUGAUGUAAUUUAAUUGUUUCAGUAAAGUAUUUUAUUAUUUAUUUU